AUGACUCUCCGAAAGUGGACGACGAAUUCACAAGCGCUGAGAGAUGUGCUACUUCAAGAAGAGGCAAAUCCAGAAAACACUACGCCUAUCCUUGAACAAAGAACAAUGAAGGUUCUGGGAAUUGUCUGGGAUCCAGAGAAGGAUGUUUUGAAGUUUGCGUUGCCAAUUUUACAAAAAUUCCUAGAGCUGCAUGAUGGCACUAAGCGAUUUGUUCUACAAGCAGCGUCUAGGAUUUUCGAUCCCCUGGGAGUCUUGUCGCCCUUCACAAUCCGUGUGAAGACACUGUUUCAGAAACUAUGGGCGAGAGGAAUCACUUGGGACAGUGCUCUACCCGAGGAUCUGAACAACGAAUGGCACGAAUGGUGUGGUGACCUGCCAAAGAUGGAUGCACUCGUCAUCCCCAGAUUCGUAUUCCAAGCAGGAAAGGGCAAGGACACCCAGAUUCAUAUUUUCUGCGACGCAAGCCCAACUGCCUAUGGAGCUACAGUGUACGUAACAACGAAGUCCUCGCCACCUGAACAACCUACACUUUUAUUGGCAAAAGUACGGGUUGCUCCAAUCAAGAAACAAACUCUUCCUCGCCUGGAACUUAUGGGAGCCGUCAUCGCAUCGAGACUCCACAAAUAUCUUGAGAAGACCAUCCCAUGCAUUCCGUAUGACUAUACGUUGUGGACGGAUUCUCUCAUCACACUUGCAUGGAUCAAGAGCGACCCCAGCAAGUGGAAGACUUUCGUGUCCAACCGAGUUGCAGAAACACAAAGGGACACCGAUCCUUCUCAUUGGAGGUACUGUCCGGGAAGUGACAAUCCAGCGGAUUUGCUUACCCGUGGCAUCACAGGUUCUCGACUGGUGUCGAGUGAUUUAUGGUGGUCAGGACCAAAAUGGUUGACUGAAAACGAAAAUGAAUGGCCUGAUUUGAGGUCGAGUAACGAAGCAGAGACUGACUCGUUGAAAGAAGAGAGAAAAGCAGUUCAUGUGAUAUUGCAAACAACACCACCUGAACCGCUGUUGGAUCUGACAAAGUACAGCGAACUCCAUCGGGCUUUAAGAGUGACGGCGUGGUGCCUUCGAUUUCUGAGGAACUGCCGAAAUGGCAAACCGUCAAAUGGACCACUGAGUGCCGAGGAAACCACUGUGGCCGAACUAUACUGGAUCAACAACGUUCAGAACAGUACUUACUCAGACGAGAUAAAAUGUCUCUCGAAGAAAGAAAAUGUUCACAAACAAUCGUCUCUAGCAGAGAUGAGUCCAUUUUUGGAUAAAGACAAUAUCAUGCGGGUUGGAGGCCGGCUUCAGAUGCUGCCAGCAUCGGACAAUGUGAAACACCCAAUCAUAUUGCCGAGUGAGCACUACUUCACCACCCUGGUCGUACAGAACGCCCACUCCACACUCUAA